AUGUCCACUGCUACUGAUGAAAAUAUAACGGAGGAAUCAUUAGCUAAUUCUGCGCAUGAAGAUUCUCAAAAUAGAUUAAACCCUACACCACCAACACAAUCAACAUCUGUAGGAGAUUCUUCAGUCACUGAACGUCCAAAAACAUUCAAGCGUCCACAUGCUUCAUAUCAAAAGUCAAACCCAUCUCCGGAGAUUAUUAAUGCCGAAAAGCAAAUGAAUAACAAAAAAAUGAAUAUGAUUACUUUACACACAUGA